AUGAGAGCAUGUUUUUUAUUUUUAUUCUUUCCUCUCAGAGAAGCAAGAAACGUAGGUGAUUAUCUUCAGUACGAGCACUUUAUUGCCCUGGCAGCCGAUUUCUUCAAUUACUGUACUGAGAAAUCAUGUGACGGAUUCGCCACUUAUUGCCACUCGCAGAGAGACAGGAUCAACUCUAACGAGGGAAUAACAAAUGAGUUCUUAUUGGAGCUAUGCGAGCCUUGCGAACAAAAGUCGAAUCGAACGAUGUAUCUGUGUGGAACUUCUUUCGCCGGCGAGAAAAUACCGGUCCUGAGUUUCGCCACCACAGACAGCUCCUUUUUGCAAGUCGAAAGUUUUCUCAAAAGAACAGAUCUCAAUCAAAGCACUCUGAACUUGCUAAAUCAAUUCGGGCAAACUGCUCUUCUCAGCCUCGCUUGUUUUCAAGGACCCAAGACAGAUCCUUACAAGCAGACUCUUCGCACAAAUGAUUAUGUUUCUCUUCUCUCGAAAAUGAUCGAUCUUGGCGCAGAUGUCGAGGCAAAAGACAAAUUUGGAUUCGACAUUUUGGACUGCGGACUUCUUUACCACAACAUCGGAGUUAUCUCGGCCGUGACAAACAAUAGGAUGCUUUACGACACAUUCAAAUCGCGCCAGCUCUUCGACUCGUUGAUGGAUUCGCUUGAGCGCCGAAAACGUUCCUUCGCCCCGAUCGAGAACGAGUUCAAGCUCUCUUCUAUGUUUCCGCAAUUCGAAAUGGACGUCAGCAAGCGACUCCACCUCAACUUCAUGAAUUACCUUCAGCCUGAAAAUCUGCGGCCAGUGGUGGACUCGCUUCUGAGCAUUGAACGGAUGGAAGAGACCUUUUCGGGAGAAGGCAAUUUUAUCCGCGAGCGAGUCAAUCGCUUCCAAAAGAGCAUGGAUACGUUUUUCAAUUCUCCGGACAGCUGCUCGCAGGACAACUUCGAGUGCUACCAACUGAUCGCCAUGGCGAGCGUGCUCGACUCCGUCGUCAAUUCCACGCUGCUUUUUGUCGAUCAUUACGGCUCGGAGUACAAGUUUUCGGAAAAGAUCAUGAGGAAUUUCAACGACUCAAUGAUCGACAUCAUCAAAUUGCUGCUGAGAAUCGUCGAGAAUCUCGAGUACGUAGAAUACAUAAAUGACGUCCGGAGCGUCAAAGUGAUGACAAGUGUUUUGCGCUUUUUGACGCCGCUGCUUGAGAAACAGUUUGUCAAGAAUUGGUUUUUGUCGCAAGCUGGUUGGGUGGAACUGAAUGAUCUCUUCCACCACUUCUUCGAGGUGGAAUUCAUCAAGGACGAAAAACGAAGAAAUAAUACACUUCCAGCAGAGUUGAUUUAUGCGCCGAUAGACGGAACUCGCAUGAAAAACACUUCCGAUCACAGUAAACUCUGCCGAAUCUUGUUCGACUUUGCCGAAAAAUGUCUAAUGUACGACGUGGUGUCUCUCUUCGAAAUCAAUCGGAAGAAAUUCGCGGAAACGGGCUGCGAUAGAAACAAACUCAUUCAAAAGUCGAUUUGUCUCGAUCGCGACAGCCUAAAAAGCCUCGUUGCAAAGCGCAUUCCGGCCAAGAGUCAAAUUGUGUCUGUCAGUUCUCAGCCGAAAGAAGCGAAUCAAGAUUUUUGCGGGGAAAGAACGCUACGGAGGAGAAUUCAAAACGCGAUGCAGCCUUGUCAAAAGCAAGACGAAAAACUGCUUCGCGAGAAACAUCUUUACCUUCAUCCGAUCAAGCAUUUGCUGAAAAACAAGUACAUUCGGCUUUACGGAAAUCUUGCUAGUUUCGCGCUUAUUUAUAACAAGGAAGAUCUGUUGGUUCAGUUUUUGAGCUGCGACAGGGCCUGGAUUUCGAUGGAUUCUUCGCAGCUCUGCAUAACGAACGAGUCAACAAACAGUUGGUCUGGAGAUGCGGAAACAUGCACAGGUGUGUUCUACGAAAUGAGUCCGCUUCAACUCUACGCCUCCCUCAAAAUUCACAAUUUUGAAAGCUACAGCUUCGAAAAACUCUUCGGCCAAACAGGAGAACAGACUCACAGCACCCUUGUUAGUCAUGACCCUGUUUUUCGAAGAAAUAUUCUCAUGUGGGUCCUUUUUUCAAAUCCGAUGGAAUACUUUGUGGAGGAUUCUUUCGGUGGCGGCUUUGGAUGGACUGGCUAUCAGACUUACAUAAAAGACAUCGAAAGUAUGCUGACUCAUCUAGCACGCAAAGUAAAUUCGGACCCUUCUGUGUUGGAAAUUCGCACGCAGCUAAUUAAUUCGCGCGACGUUAACAAUUGCACGAUUCUACAUUACUUGAUGAUCACCAGUUCUUACGAACACAUUAUAAGGCAUCCGAUCUUUACGCAUCACAGCAAUUUGCAGCGAGGAAUCAAGAAUAUUAUGAAAAGUCAAUUUAACGAGGAUAAAUGCACUUUCCCAGUUCUGGCUGCUCUUGGAGAAGUGCCACCAUUAAAAUUGCUAUUGUGGAAUCUGGAACACUUGGAAGAUAUCUCCGACACUCUGAAAAUAAUUGGCGAGUUUCCCACAGAACUUCAGCCAACCGCGAUUGUCCAGCUCAUCAGAAGAAUUCACGAUAAAUAUGUGAACAAGUCGUUGGACACUGGCGCAGACCUGAAGAGUUUAGAAAACGUAAUGAGCAUUUUGGAAACCAUUUUUACGAACGGAACUAACAUUAAUGUGAAAAUUUGCGAUGCUUACGGGAACUCUGCGAAUCGAAUUAUUUACCAGAAAAAAGUAAUCGACAAUCAAGUAAUUGCAAAGUGGCUCGAGAAAGAGCUCGGCAAAAACGCGUCUACUCGAUAUUCCGAAAUCAUCAAGGAAAUCAACAGAAAGUCUGCUGGCUUCAAAUGCAAGAAGUCUAAAAGUGUGAUCAUCGCUCUGAUUGUCUGCUGCGUGAUAAUGUUGGUAGCAGCGCAUUCUUUGUAUAUUUACAAAAGAAGAAAAAACAAGCAGCGAGAGCUGGACACGCAGCUUUGCCAGAUCGAGCGAGCAACGACGCGGUACAUUCAGGACUUGUGUCUCAAUAUGACGGUAGAAGGCAUCGAGGACAAGUUCAUGAAGACCGAGGAUUUCGACGAGUCAUCGCAAGAAGAGCUCGGCCAGGGCCACUUCGGCUACGUUUACUGCAUCAACUCACGAAUAAACGGCCAAUGGCAAAAAAGUGGCUAUAAAAACGAUAAAAGUGGCUGUCGACAUAUAGCGGCGAUGAAUGUGGUCCACCGCGAUAUUGCUUGUCGCAACAUAUUCAUUUCAUCAAUUGAGAAUUCCGAGACGCAGAAGUUUUUCAUCGCCAAGAUCGGCGAUUUCGGUAUGGCGAGAAAAGUGGAUGGGACGAGAUUCUUGAUUUCGGAAGCGUCCGAACAGCUGCCGUGGAGACAGUGCGCACCGGAAGUGCUAUCUCUUCCUUCCAAGUUCUCCGAGUUCUCGGAUGUUUGGAGUUUCGGAAUUCUCCUGUGGGAGGCAUACUCUUGGGGAGAACAAGUCUUCAAAGAGAAAACCCUUGCUGAGAUGAUCGAGUACUACACCAGAGACUUCCGCUUUUGCCAAGAAGAGCAUGGACUCAAGAAGCCUGACUUUAUGCCCGAAGAAGUCGAAAAAGCUCUCGCCGCUCAACAGCACUUCCCAGGACGGCGGAGUCUCGUCUCCCGACACGCUCUACACCAGCCUGGUGACUCCAACUUCUUCAAGGACGCCUCUUGCGACCGUGCCUGA